GGGGAGGCUGGGUGGCACCAUCCUCUGGGUGGCCUCGGCGGAGGGGAAAGGAGGCUUCCUCUCUGAGCCCCCAGUGCCUCUCCCUGCGCAAGGGAGCUCAGGAAAGAUGGGAGACGCUGCGCCCGGUGGUGCCCUCGGGGCUUUAGCCGGCAAGACUCCACCCUUGAGCUGUGUUUAGCAUCGGGUGCCUCCUCUUGCGCUGUGUGCUGUGCUGCAUCGUAGUAGUAGUAGUAGUAGUAGUAGUAGUAGUAGUAGUGGUGGUGGUGGUGGUAGUCCGUCCCUGAGCCCGUGCAUCCCAGUCUUGUCUGGAACUGGCUGAAGCACAAUGACUAGCAAAACAGGACCUGAACAUCUCUUCAACCCGGCUACUGAAAUGGAGACCGCAGGAACCGUGCUGGGUACCAAGAUCAACAUCCCAGCUCUCUUGCCCCAAGGCCCUGCCAAGGAGUGGCUGGAGCAGCGGCGUGCCACCAUCCGGCCCUGGGCCAGCUUCCUGGACCAGCGGCGCUUCGGGAAGCCUCGGAACUUCGGGGAGCUUUGCAAGCGGCUUGUGCGCAACGUGGAAUACUUCCAGAGCAACUAUGUCUUUGUCUUCCUGGGACUCAUCAUCUAUUGCCUUAUCACCUCUCCGCUGCUCCUGAUUGCGCUCGCUGUUUUCUUUGGGGCCUGUUACAUCAUCUACUUGAAGACCCAGCAGUCACAACUUGUCGUGUUUGGGCGGGAGCUUAGCACAGCCCAUCAAUACGGUUUGGCUGGAGGUGUUUCCUUUCCCUUCUUCUGGCUGGCUGGAGCUGGCUCGGCUGUCUUCUGGGUGCUGGGUGCCACUCUGGUAGUUAUUGGCUCACAUGCAGCCUUCCAUGAACUGGAGCCCAUUGAGACAGAUGAGCUGCAGAUGGAGCCUGUGUGAGGGCCCAGCUAAUGCCAACGGGCCCCUGCCCCCCCCCCCAGUGGAUCACUAUGUUUUUCUUGCCCUGGAAAGAAAUUCACCAUUCCACUCUCCUCUGUAUAUGUUCCUGCCCGUCCAUUCAGUUUCUGUGUGCCGUUUUCCUCUUCUGGGUUCGCCAGGGUCUUUUGGGGGCUUCCUUCCAGGGCUUCAAAACCCUCUCUGCCCUCCCUCAUCCUGUCAUUUGGGGCUCCCCAGUUCCUCUUGCCCUUCCCAUCUGGGAGCUUUCCUCUCUUCAUAAAGUUAUUUGAACCCCAGUACCCUUCACACAUAACAGCCAAGCAUUGAACAUUUCUCACACAUGCCUUGUCUCUUAUCAGUAACAUUAAAGAAACAAAAGUGUUAA